AUGUUCGGAGCCAUCUGCGCGGGUCGACCUGUCCAAACAAAUCUCCAAGUUAUAUCUCCGACACAGUUUGCAUUUACUAUACCAUCUGCGCCGUCGUUCAAUCACAUUGUCGUUUUUCUUCUUCCCGGAAACGUUCUUCCCAAUGAUAUGGCAGCAGCUGUGUAUAUACGCAUCUCUGCCGAAUCAGACUUCCAGCUCUUAGGAGCUAUCGGAAAUGAGAAACAAAGCGCCAUUUUCCGGGUAAAUAAUGCCGGUUCGACCUUUGGAAGGACACCAGCUUCUGCAGGAGGAGGAGGCGAUGAUGAAGCCAUGGUCGACGAUUCGCUUGAUGCGUCUCCCUCCACAGCCACAGAUCAUGCCAACAAUGCGGCAAGCAUCAUCCUUGGCAUCUCCAUCGAACCUGCGGGCCCGCUUGGCACUCAGCUUGCUUCUCUGAAAGGCAACUCGGCACAAGGCGCCGUCCCUGCCAGUGGGUCGAACCCUGGUCAAUUGGCAACACGGGCACCAUCUACAAAAAUACUUGCACAACGAAUCAUCAAGAAUGCGUUCAACUUCCUAGCGAGUUUUGUUGGGGAGCAAGGCGGCGUUGAGGUUGUUCCUCUUCGAAGCUUCCAGGAUUGGUGGAAUAAAUUCGAGAAAAGGCUGGAACUAGAUCCAGGAUUCUUGGACAGGACCGAUGACCAAUGA